AUGUGCGACUGUUCGGAAGCCGCACAGCCCGACAGUCCUGGCGCUGCUGCUGCUACCACGCACGUAUAUGCAGGCAUUCUCAACGGCUCUGCGAUCGAGGCCGCGGGCAGCCAGGAAGGCGACCCCGACGAGUUUGAACGGGUCGACGGCUACGAGACCGGCUACGAGUCUGGCAGUGGCGAGUCCCUCGGCUCGACCAGCGCCACUUCCAGCAUCUACGCCCACACGUUUGAACACGGCCGGCGCUACCACCACUUCAAGAAUGGCCGCUACCCGCUGCCGGACGACGACGAAGAGCAGAAACGCGAGGACAUGAAACACGCCAUGAUGCUGGAGCUGACCGACGGAAAGCUGUUUCACGCGCCCGUCGGUGACAAUCCCCAGCAGAUUCUGGACAUUGGCACCGGCACCGGCAUCUGGGCCAUUGACGUCGGCGACAGGUAUCCAGGUGCACACGUCCGUGGCAUCGACCAGACACCAAUCCAACCUAUCUGGGUACCACCCAAUGUCGAUUUUCUCGUAGAUGACUGCAACAACGACUGGCUCGCCCGCAACAUCGAUCUGGCUCACUUUCGCUUCAUGACUAUCGUCCUGCAGGACGUCCCCAAUGUACUUGGCAAUUGCUUUGAGAGUCUUAAGCCUGGCGGCUGGGUCGAGCUGCAAGAGCUGCAAGGUGAGAUCCUCUGUGACGAUGAAACAAUGCUUGACGACGACCCGCUCAAGUACGUGUACGAGCUCGGCGCCAAGGCCUUUAAACUGUUCGGCAUGGACGUGUUAAUCCCUCAGCAAUUGGAGGCUAUUCUGCGGGCUGCCGGCUUCGUCAACAUCCAAUGCAUUCCUAAGAAGGUACCCAUCGGUGUCUGGGCCCAAGACAAGACACUACGCCUCGUCGGCCUCUACCAGAAGACGGCCAUUUCUGAAUUCUUGAGUGCCAUGGCUGGUCGUCCGUUUGAAGCCCUUGGAAUUGAUGCUACUGCGCGUCAGGCCAUCGUUGCCCUUGCCCGCCGCUCCCUCGAAGACACAACGAUCCACCGAUACAUGCCCUACUAUUUUUGGUAUGCGCAGAAGCCCGAGAAUUUCUCUAACAGCACUCGCGGGAGCGCUCCCGGGAACACAGGCGCCAGCCUUGCAGUCAGCCCACUCGCGGAUGCUUGA